ACUUCGGGGAUGAACACCGUCAGCGUGGCUCCGAGAAAGCUGUUUUUGUCUGCGUGAAGGAGGCUGCAGCAGGAAGCUCCGUGGUGCUGAAAGAACAGCUCCUCCACAGCUGGACAUCUUCAGAGAUGUUCACCCGAAUGUUAAAGCUGAGACUGCUCAACGCUGUGGCGCCUGUGUACUUCUUCAUGGCUACAGUGGUCACCAAUAUCCUGCACUUUUGCUUCUUCAUCCCAACAAUCUUCCCUUACCCAGAAACCUCUCUGAUGGUGUCAUCGACGCUCCACACAAUCCUGGUGCUCUUCUUGAUGUUCAACGCGCUGGGGAACUAUAUCAUGACUAUCAUAUAUCCCGCUGAAAGCGCCAAUGAGACCGCGAUCCCUGUGUGCUCCCCGCACUGCUCCGACAAAGUGGACGCUCACUACCUUCUGAACGGCCGACACUUCUGCAAACUGUGCAAGAAGAUCAUCCUCAAAAGGGACCACCACUGUUUUUUCACAGGAAACUGCAUCGGCAACAAAAACAUGCGCUACUUCCUGAUGUUCUGCAUCUACACGUCAUGCGCGUGUUUGUACUCUCUGGUUCUGGGUGUUGCGUUUUUAACGGUGGAGUACUCCAUCUCCUUUGAGAACCCCCUGACCUUCCUGACUCUCCUUCCACUCUCGGUCUGCUCUUUUUUUAUAGGAAGUAUCUCAGGCUUGCAGCUGUUCCUGGUGCUGAUGCUGUACGUGUGGCUGGGCAUCGGCCUGGUGUGCGCUGGUUUCUGCUCCCAGCAGAUGCUGCUGGUGGCUCGGGGACAGACGUGGUGUCAGAUGCAGAGAGGCGAGCUGGUGAGGAACUGCAGCAACUGGAGGGCCAACCUGAAGCACGUCUUUGGCUCGCGCUGGAUCCUCGGACUCAUCCUGCCCGUGCAAACGGAGGCGUGCUCUGAAGACGCAGACGCACAAAAACAAGACUGAAGGAUCGUGUUAGGUCAAGAAAACUCAGAGGAAUGAGUGGGACUCUUUUGAUGAUGGGGUGCUUUAUGCUUCAAAGUUAUCCCUGAAAUAACUGAUGGCACAUAUUCAGUUUAGGAAAGGAGCCAUAAAAGCCAAAACCUUUCUGUUUAAAAAGUAACAUUUAAUAUUUAGCAUCUAGUAGUUUCAAAUCUGUUGUAAACUUCUUGCUUUACUCCAUUGAUUUGCAUGUUUUUGCUGCUUUGUAUAUUACUGGCAAAAUUUUUACUCUUUUCCCCUUAUAUCUCUCUAGAAUCAAUGCUAUUAUGUGGCUUCAAAUCAAUGUGGAGUUUUGACUUUCAUAUGAAGGGCUACAGGAUGAGAUUUGCAGCGUAUACUGCCAGGCGUUUGUGCUUUAGCUAUCACAGGCUCCGCCUUUAUCAGAGAAUUAAGCUUGAUUGUGGAGUAACGCUCAUCUGAAUUACCAGGGUAACAUUCACACUGUGCCAUAAAGUCUCGUCUAAGAUGCUCAUAAACAAUUGCAUCUAGUUUACUUAUCAGUUGAACUGGUUGCACAUUUGAAGCCGACAGAUGCUCGACAUCUGAGGAACGACUUCAAACACGGUUCCAGUUCCAGGAAUACUUUGUAGAUGUGUAUUUAUUUAUGACAUUAAAAGUUUUUCCAAGUCAAA